CUACGUCGCGCUCCGUUCGUCGCAGGAUAAAUAGAACGGGCCCAGGCCAGCUUACUUCGCCGUGAAGUUAAUCGACGGGGCUGCGGGGUUCCCGGCUCUCGCGAAGUGCACCCGGGAAGAGAAGUCAAACAUCGACGCGCGCGUCGUCUCGGCUCACUCGAGUGAGCGACAACAACACGAGAACGAAACAUGACGAACUCUGUUAUGUACCGCGAUAAAGACGCGCGUACUGCUGCAUCGAGGAUUCCGCAUUCGAUUCCCAGGACGACCGUGCUCCGACACCUGCCGUGAAGUAUGUCGUUCGAGUAGCUCCGCUCCGAAUCACAAAUCCGAACUUUACACGACGCGUGACUUCGUAUACGUCGACGACGACGCUGCUGCACGCGACGAAUGCUCGCGCGUCAUCGUUGAAAUGGACUUUCCGGCUGAUUGCGACGCGCGCGUCGCUGACAGGUAGUCGUUAUUGAGGCAACGAAUUCUUCUGCCUCAAACACGUCGUGACGCCGCGCGUACAUACGUGUUUGUUUUAUCGUUUGUUGCAUCAAUGUUGACGCGACUGCAACAUUAAGUACAUCUCCCGCCGUGUGAGAGCUUUGUGUUCCGUCAUUGUAAUAAAUUUCCCGUCAGCAGAAGUUUGCUCGCUAAUGUGCAGUGGCGUUAUUACGAGUAUAAUCCGUACGAGGAAACAAUUACAUGGCGACGAAUGUUCGUUAUUAAACAAUCUCAUAUCAUGGAUUGUCGCGAGGCUUCUGUCAUCCUUUCGAGAAUUUCGCAUCGCGGAUCUUGAAGAUUUCCGAAUCGAGGUCUCUGGUUCUGAGAUUGUCGCGCGAGUUGAGAUCCGCGAUCAACGAGCGAAUCGAAAACAUUUGUGCGCGCGUUCGGAUUCUAUCGUGCGAUAUCAAAAUUCGGCCCGUGAUCUCGCGAGUGCGUCGAGUGUGUGAGAAAGUGCAGCUGCAGCAGCAGGGUGUUCCGGAGGAGAGGUUAGGCGAGGCCGACACCCACCGAGCGAGUCGAUCAGCUGUUCCGGCGGCUCCGACAUCGUCGUUUCGGCUGCAGAUAGUCCCGAUGCUGCUACAUCAACAGGAUAUUCUAGACAUCCUUGCCUCGAGUGCUUCUUGGCACGAACGUGAGUGAAGGAAAGGAGGACGAUGUUAUCGUACAUGUUGCCGACGGAAGACAAGCCACCGCCCGGAGAGCUCAGCAGUCAGCAGAACAAUUACCGCGCGGCCGCGAAACUGCAGAAGAACACCGCCGUGGUGAGCACGUCGCCUAGGAAACACGCGGAUGCCACUAAAACGAUGAUCGUCUCCACCAGGAUCGAGGAUCCGGUCACCGGCCGGAUCUCUCCGCAUCCGGCGACGCAACAGUCGCGAGACUCCCGUUUGGUCGAGAGCCCGAAGCACAACGGAACCGCCGCGGUUGCAACCACCGGAGGUGGUGCGAGGAAGUCGACCUUGCACAACGCCAACAGAGUCACCAAGGACGACAGCCUCUACAGUAUCGACAGCGACGUCAGCACCACUGGCAGCGAGCGCAAGAACAAAAUCCUGAACGGCGCGAAGCAUGCUAGUUUGAAGAGAGUAUCCUUUGGCUCGAGCAAAGGAUCGAUGGUUGAAACCUUGGUCUACGAGACUCCGGUGCAAGAGGAACCUGAGAUCAAUCAUUUCUUGGACUACAACGGUCGCUUACCUCCUCCUAUGAUACCUGUGCCUGAUACUGAUGAGGGUAGAGAAAAAGUACGCGUCUCGUUGCUAGGUCCACAACCGUCGCCGGCGACGCCCGGCGUUCUCUUGCUGGAGCCGAUCACGCACUCGAUAGGACAUCCGAUAGAUAUGGCCAACAAUACCGCGGAACUUUUGACCACGCACACCGAACACACCACACCUGCCUACCACGCGCAGAUCAGCACGGAUAGCGGAUGGGACAAUCCGUUCAGGCCAGAUGGUGAUCUGUCCCGGGAAGCUGACGAGAUUGUUGAACUGAUAAAGGGUGGGAAACCGAUCACACCAACUCCGGGUCAGAACGCACCACCUUUGCCAGGCGAGGACACUGGUAAAACUGAGCACGAUUCGAGUACCAGUCCGCUGCUCAAAUCUGGGAAUUGUCAUGCCUCGCCGAGGCCCGGCCAGGAAAAUGGCAGCGCUCACGGUGGAACUCCGUCAAAGAGCAAUCAGCAGCCUGUCAAUGAGAAGGCAUCCGCGGCGAGGACUGCGACGGUGGAAGUCGCGAGAAUGACGGCACAGGGACCGGGCGACGCGUCCCAAGUCGAGCACGUCACCCUGAAGAAGAAGCCUAAGUGCAAGUGCUGCGUACUGCAGUAAUUAUUGCGCGACGGAAGCGGCGGAGACGCGUACGCUAUACGGACCUUCCUCCACUGUCGGGAGCGCAUGACUUCACGAGAUCUUCGAUCUUCACAAAGUUUCCGAAGAUGUCGCGGCUGAGCAGCUCAAAACGUGGAACAAGAAACGCGUCGAAAACGCGUCAACGAAAAAGCAGCUUCUUUGGAGAGAGAAUUGUCUCGAAGAGAAUACCGAUGAACGUUUUAUGCAAGAAAAACGCGCCGGUAUUCUGAACAUAAUUUGUUGGAAUCACAGAAGAAAUCUAGAAGAUGACUUGUUAAAAAGAGAAAAGAAAUUUUUAUCAAUAAAAUGAGAUAGAAAUCAUUGACAAAGAAAAGCAGAAAUAUUAAGGAAGACGAGGAACGUGCAAUCGCGUAUAUAAAAUAAUAAUAUUAAUUUGAGAUUGAAAUUGAAGAAUAAGAGAAAAAUAAGUUGCAUGUGAGAUAUCAAAACGAUGCUUAUCAUGACGACGAAAAGAAGAGAACAGAAUACCCAGUAUUAAAGGUCAGAACUUGAAAGAGAAAAAAAUGAAAGAUAUUAAGAGGCAAAUUCUGAGAAGCUGUUAAUUCUUGCUGAAAAAAAUCGAAAUCUUAAGAUGUCCUGAAAAAUAACGUUGCAUUUGUCGCGUGGCAUCAAAUUCGUUGUAUCGAUUAUCGGAUUUGGCGCGGCACAGCGGAUACAACAACAAUGGAAGUUCUUGUCAAAGAAGAUAGAACGUCACCGAACUAUCUUCGGCUUCCGGGUUUCCGGAUGCGGGAGAGAAUUUUAGAAUUCACACAAAGAGCAGGAAAAUGAGGAACGUCAGUGCGCGAACGAACAUUAAACCGCUCGAGACAGAGAACUGGAACACUAGAGAAGUGGAAAAAAAAUGCGAUGAAAAAAAUAGAGAGAAAUAUAUAUAAAUAUAUAUAUAUAUUAUACAUACAAAACUAUAUUGUAGAUACAGAAUGGUAGCUGUAUAGCUUAUAUGCUUUUAUUAUCGUGGUUAAUUAUCGUCAGAAUUAUUGUGAUUUUAAGAUUGCAUUGUGCGCGUAGAGCGAGAGAGAAAGGAAGAAAGAGUGCAUGAAAAAAAAAAAUGAGUGAGUGAGUGAGUAAAUGAGAGAAAGAGAGAAAGAAAGAAAGAGAGGAAAGAAGAAUGACAAUGAAUGAGAUGAUUCUAGGUCGAAAAGUGCGCGAGAUAAGAGGCAUGGAAAGUUUCGCGGAACAUAAUUCGUCCGUUAGAUCUCGGUGCGAGCAGAAUACGUUCGCCGUUUAUGAGAAACCUAAUUCAGUGGCUUCGAUGAUCGUUGAUACAUGUGAGGAAUAUGCACGUUAAACGUCGCUGUGUACAGAGUAUGCGUACCACACCUCGCUGCAUUUGCGAGUUCUUUGAUCAAUUUGGAGUCUCGUUAAGAUCUAAUACUAUUAAAGACACUCUCACCUUGAUCGACGGCGAAAAAAAAAAAA